UCGUCUUCAACAAAAAAAAAUUAAAAGAAAAAAAGGAAGAUGGAGAGUUUGAUUUCAUUGAUAAACAAGUUACAAAGAGCUUGUACUGCUUUAGGUGAUCAUGGUGAAGAAAGUUCUUUGCCUACUCUAUGGGAUUCUUUACCUGCCAUUGCUGUUGUUGGUGGUCAGAGCUCAGGGAAAUCCUCGGUGUUGGAGAGUAUUGUUGGAAAAGAUUUCUUGCCUCGUGGAUCUGGCAUUGUGACUCGGCGUCCACUUGUCUUACAACUACAUCAGAUUGACGAAGGAAAAGAGUAUGGAGAAUUCCUUCACCUUCCAAGAAAGAAAUUUACUGAUUUCGCUGCUCUGAGACAGGAAAUCACCGAUGAAACAGAUAGAGAGACAGGACGCUCCAAAGCCAUCUCCACCGUUCCAAUUCAUCUCAGCAUCUAUUCUCCGAAUGUUGUAAAUUUGACGUUGAUUGAUCUUCCAGGACUUACAAAAGUAGCAGUCGAGGGUCAACCUGAGAGCACUGUCAUGGACAUUGAGAACAUGGUUCGCUCCUACAUUGAAAAGCCCAACUGUAUUAUACUGGCAAUUUCACCAGCCAAUCAAGAUCUUGCUACGUCCGAUGCAAUUAAGAUCUCUCGGGAAGUAGACCCUAAAGGGGAGAGAACGUUUGGUGUUUUGACAAAGAUUGAUCUUAUGGACAAGGGUACUGAUGCAGUUGAUAUAUUAGAAGGAAAAGCUUACCGUCUACAAUUCCCAUGGAUUGGUGUUGUUAAUCGAUCCCAAGCUGAUAUUAAUAAGAGUGUUGACAUGAUUGCUGCUCGGCGUAGAGAGAAGGAGUAUUUUAUGAAUUCUCCAGAGUACAAGCAUCUAGCAGACAGAAUGGGUUCUGAACAUCUAGGAAAGGUGCUCUCAAAGCACCUGGAAACGGUAAUCAAAUCUCGAAUUCCAGGAAUUCAGUCACUUAUUAAUAAAAGUAUUGCGGAUCUAGAGUCGGAACUGGGCCGUCUUGGAAAACCUAUUGCUGCUGAUGCCGGAGGGAAGCUGUACUUGAUCAUGGAGAUCUGUCGCGUUUUUGAUCAAAUUUACAAAGAACAUCUUGAUGGCGUCCGUCCAGGUGGUGAUAAAGUCUACAACGUUUUUGAUAAUCAGUUCCCCGCAGCGCUGAAAAGAUUGCAAUUUGAUAAGUAUCUGUCAAUGGAUAAUGUGAGAAAGCUAAUUACUGAAGCAGAUGGUUACCAGCCUCAUUUGAUAGCCCCAGAACAAGGAUAUCGUCGACUUAUUGAAUCUUCUUUAGUCUGUAUUAAAGGUCCUGCUGAGACAGCUGUUGACGCGGUUCAUUCAAUACUUAAGGAGCUGGUCCAUAAAUCUGUAGAUGAGACUGUGGAGCUAAAGCAGUACCCCAGCCUUAGGAUGGAGGUUGGAAGUGCAGCUUGUGAAUCAUUGGAUAGGAUGAGGGAUGAGAGCAAGAAAGCUACCCUUAAGCUGGUUGAUAUGGAAUGCUGUUAUCUAACUGUUGAAUUUUUCCGGAAGCUUCCUCAAGAUAUCGAGAAGGGUGGAAAUCCAACACAUUCAAUUUUUGAUAGAUACAACGAUUCAUAUCUCAGGCGAGUAGGAACAAAUGUCCUGUCUUAUGUCAACAUGGUUUGUGCGGGUCUGCGAAACUCCAUUCCAAAGUCUAUCGUUCAUUGUCAAGUACGUGAGGCUAAGCGCUCCCUUCUCUACCAUUUCUUCACCGAGUUGGGUAAAAAAGAGUCUAAGGCAUUGGCAUCAUUGUUAAAUGAGGAUCCAGCUGUUAUGGAGCGUAGAGUUUCUCUUGCAAAGAGGCUAGAGUUAUACAGAAGUGCUCAGGCUGAGAUUGAUGCUGUUGCAUGGGCCAAGUAAAUCAAGAUUCGUUUAUCACCUCAAAUUGAGAAUGACGUAAGUCGGGUAUUCCUUCAUUCUUUACUGAUCAUUUUGUUAGGAGCUGCAAUACACAUUCCUUUUUGGCUCAUCCAAUAUCUUCCAUUGUAUUUAUUACUCAGGGAAUUCCUUGGUAUUGAUCAUUUUGUCAUGCUUUUUCUUUGAAACAAUGUUUAAAUCCUUCUGCAAGAGAUUCCAUUUAUGUA